AUGGCUACUGAUAUCCUUCAAGCACCUGGUUUACGAAAUGACUAUUACUCAAAUCUAGUUAGCUGGUCCUCAAAAACGAAUAGAGUAGCAGUGGGAUUAGGUUCCAAAGCAUAUCUUUGGGGUAUUGACAAUAAAGUGGUUCUGGUGAAUUAUGAAAAUACAAAUGAUACGAGCCAGGAAACUGACGACAAUACUGAAGUAGUAACUGCGAUAUCUUGUUCUGGAGAAUAUUGGAUAUUGGUAGCUACAGCAGGUGGGAAAAUAUUAUUAAUUGAUCAAAAGGAAAAUGAAGUUGUUGCUGAAUAUCUUACCACCGAUAAAAAGUGCGUGUAUUGUAUUAUCUGGUUUCCCAACUCUAUGAAUUUUAUUGCUGGAGAUGAUUUUGGUGAGGUUUACUUUUUUAAGGUAGUGGAACAAGAUGGAAUUCAUUUGGUUUUGGAAAAGAAUUUUAAAUGUCACCAGCAACAUAUAUGUGGACUUGCUUUAAAUAAUACCUACGAUGAACUUGCAGUGGGUGCAAAUGAUAAUUGUUGCACAAUUUGGGAUAUUCAGGAUAUCUAUAGACCAGAAUUGAAGUUCAUCUUACCUCAUAAUGCUGCCAUCAAAGCACUCAGUUACUGUCCAUGGACUCCUUCAUUGUUGGCUACUGGUGGUGGAAGUAAGGACCGGAAAAUUAGGUUCUGGCAUACUGCCACCGGUACAUUACUUAAUGAGUAUUAUACUGAUGGUCAGAUUACGUCAUUGAAAUGGUCGCACUAUAAAAAAGAAAUAGUUGCGACUUUCGGUUUUGGAGGUGGUAGAGGACAUAGACGGAUCAGAAAUAGGAAUGACAAUCACACUAAUAAUAACAAUAAUCAUCAAUCUACAUUGCUUUGUGUUUAUUCUUAUCCUCAAAUGAUUCCCGUGGUUGAAGUUACUGCUGCUUACAAUUUACGAAUCCUCAGUUCAACCAUGAGUCCCGAUCAUUGUUCAAUUUGUGUUGCAACCAAUGAUUCUACAAUUAGAAUUUACAGACUUUGGGAGAAACUGAUUGAAGUUUGUGCCAACUAUGACUCGUCAAGAAAAAUAGGAGACUAUGGCAGUUCUCUCAUUGAAUUGGUUGAAGGAAUUACUAAGGCUUCUGGUCCGAUUAGAUAG